GGCCCCAUUGGCCCCGGCGCUGCCACUCAGCCGCGGCGGAGUUUGCACGGGGCGCCGCUCCGUGCCGCCCCGGCCCCCCAGCCCAGCCCAGCACGACCGGCACCAAAAGGGCGCGCCAAACCCCUGGACCGGAGCCGUGUCGAGAGGUUGGCGGGGGUCGCGGAUCAGACUCAGCCCCGCGUGGAAGGAGCCUGCAGCGUCCGCUGCCGCGCGAGAUGCCGCCAGGUCCAGGGGGUCUGCUCCGAGCGUGUCCGUGAGCUGGCGGGGCUGCACGCCGUGCUCCCCCCGUGCCGGGCCGGAUCCGUGCGAGCGUGGGGGCUGCCCAGCUGACCAUGACCAUUGAACGCCCGACUCGCGGCCCCGAUGCAUCUGCGGCGCCUGAGACAGCUGCUUUGUGCCAGCCUCCUCCUGGCACUCCUCCUGCUCUGGGGCCUGCUGCUGGUCACGGAGGAUGCCCGGGGGGCCUGGGUAGUUUCUGGCCGCUUCCCCCUGGCCCAGGGCAGGCCCCUCUGGAGGUGGUGCUUUGGGGGCGCAGCCCCCGUGCCCAGCGGGGUGGAUUUCCCAUCCCUGCUGGCCAGCCCGGGGGCAGCCCCGCGCUGUGAGCUGGGGCAGGUGCUCCUCAUCUUGGUGACGUCUGCGCCGGGCAACUGGGAGCAGAGGCGCGUGAUCCGGAGGACGUGGGGCGCCCAGGACGAGCCGGCGCCGUUCCACUGGCAGGCCGUGUUCCUAGUGGGGCAGGCGGCGGAUGCUGGGACCGCAAGCCGCAUCCGGCAGGAGCAGCAGGACUUCGGGGACAUCCUGGUGGGGAACUACCGAGACACGUACCGGAACCUGACGCUGAAGGUCAUGCACGGGCUCAAGUGGGCGGCCGAGCGGUGCCGGCCCCGCUACAUGCUCAAGACGGAUGACGACUGCUUCGUCAACACGGACCGGCUCCCGGGCUUCCUGGCGCAGCUUGACCCCGUCCCUGCCGGGCUCUACGCUGGCUCCGUCUUCUCGCAGGAGAAGCGGCAGGUCAUCCGGGAGCCCUCCAGCAAGUGGUACGUGUCGCGGCAGGACUACGGCCCCGACAAGUACCCACCCUACGCCAGCGGCAUCGGCUACGUGCUGUCUCUGGAGGCGGCUGCCCGGGUGCUGUCAGUGGCGGAGCGUGUACGGCCCAUCCCCGUGGAGGAUGCCUACGUGGGCAUCCUGGCGGAGGCGGCAGGCAUCCAGGCACAGGCCAGCGCCCGCUUCGCCAAGCACAAUGUGCAGUGGCGCGUGUGCAACUACCGCUACCUGAUGGUGAUCCACCACCUGAGCCCGCCCCAGCAGGAGGCCGCCCGCCGCAGCAUGCUGCAAGCCCGCGACGCCUGCCGCGACAGCUUGGAGGUCACCCACUGGAGGUGACUGGCCCUGGGGCGGAGGGGCACCCACUCACUCCUGGCUAUGUCUGGGCACUUCCUGGGCACCCCGGAGCAGCUCGCGCCCCACAGCGUGCGUGGGGCUCAGCAGGUCCCUGCUGUGCCAGUGACAAUGCUGCCAUGUGCCUUUGCCAGCUACCGGUGCGGUGCGGGCGAGUGUCUGCCGAGUGCCGGCUGGCUGGGCAGUGCCCAGGGCUGGGAAGGGCACUGCGUGUUGAGGGGUCGAGGCCUCAGCACACUGCCCGCACCUCCACAGCCCCUCAGACCCUGCAGCUGCCUUCUGCCCAUUCAGUCUCCUGGCCAGGAGCUCAUUGGGCAGGGCCCCAGCUGCGCCCAGUGCCUUGAGAUCUCCUGUCCCGACUGCCAGCUUUGCCCUCCCGGGGCUGGCUCUGGCUUUUGGGGCCUGAGACCGUCUGGUGCCAGCAGUGACGGCUGCAGCGUGGGUGGGAAGCUCCUGGGAUCGGCCCUACUGCCCCUGUCUCCUCCCCGAGGCCAGGACCAGAACUGCCUUUGCUGGGUGCUAGUGCACGGCCCAUGUCAAUGCUGCAUCCCUUGGAGGGGAGGCUGGGUCCUGCAUCCCUGCAGCUCCUGGGCACGCGGCCUGCUCGGGGGUGGUGCCCAGCAGGGCCUCAGCCCCAGGCUGGAGGGAGUCCAGGAAAACUAAGCUAUGCAGGUGCUUCUGUAACCCAGUUUUCAGCACUAACCGGGGCUGGGCUCCACUCCCGGCCUGACCCUGGAUGACCUUGGGCAUCACUGCCCACUCCCUGUCCCAGCUCCCUUCACACUAACAGACUAACCUUGCCAAGCCCUGCCUGCUCCUGUCUGCUGGUAGCAGGAGCAGCCCAGAGCCCUGUGCAGAGCAAUAGAGCCUGUCCUAGAGUCAUAGUCAUAGAGAAGUGGGGCUGGCAAGGACCUUGGUGGUCACAUCCAGUCCAGCCCCUGCCUGAGGCAGGAUCAGCCCUGUCCAAACCAGCCCAGACACAUCCACAGUCCAACCUCUGAACAGCACGACACCAUCACCCCGAAACAGCCCCAGGCAUCGUCCCUGACCCCGUGCAGGGAAAGCAGGGAGCUGUGGCAGCCAAAGUCCUGCUGCUGCAAAGGGCAUUAAUAUACAUUUGAGAGACUGGAGGCAGAGGCCGUGCCACACUGCAGAGGAAGGCAGCCCCCCUGCCCCGGCCCAAUCUGAUCGGGGGGGGAAAUCCUUUCCUGCCCCAGUGCAGCACUGGUCUGACUGAGCACAGGGGCAAGACCCUGCGGGGUUGGUCCCAGCAGAAGCAUUGGCACAGCCCCAUCUCCAUCCCCAGCCUGGGCUGCAGCCAACACGCAGUGCCUUUGAGGGAAGCAAAAGCCCCUGAUGUAGCAGAAAGGCAGAGAGGAGGGAACAGCAAAGCCCAGAAGCCUGAAACCCCCCUAGUAGAGCAUGGGCACAGCUGCGCUGGGAGCAUCCCCACCCAGGGGCUGCCCAGCGUCUCCUUGAACUCCUCCAGCGAUGGAGAGUCCCUGGCAUCUCUCCCACGGCCUCCCUGCUCUGACAGUGAGGAAGUGAUUCCUGAGAUCCAGUCUAAACCGACUAUGCUGCAGCUUGAAACCAUUGCUUCAUACCCCGCUCUGCCUCUCUGGGCAAAGCUUGUGGUCAGGAUGCUGGGGUGGCCAUGGCCCUCCUAGGGAGAGGGCACCAGCAACGCCGAGCCUUUGCACCACAGUGCCCAGGGCGUGACAGCUGGUGUCCCCAUCCCUCUUACACCACAGAAGCCCACCCGUGUCUGUGUUACUGCUGCUAGGGCAGGACUAGGGGGUGGUACCAGGCCACCCCCAGUUCCUCCCCCUACCUCUCCAGCCAGCGUGGACCCAGACCCCUGGCACUCCAAUAACAUGGUCCCUGCUCCCAGCCAGGGGCCGUGCAGCUGCCUGGCGCUGGCUGGGUUGGCCCUGGAGCCCCUUGGGAAGGGGAGGACGGGUGAUUCCCUCUCCGUGCCCCUGCAGGAGCAGGUCGGGCUGUGGGCAGGGGAGGGAGGAAGGGGCUCAGAGCUCAGGCCCAGGGGUGCCUUGCAAACCAUUAGCACUAACGACCCUGCAGACAACAGGCUCCGCUCAGCAGAGCAGGGGGGUGGGCAGGCGCUGCCCACUGCUCCCAGCGCCGCCUGGCUCCAGAGGCCAAGGGCAGAGCUCACGUCACCAGUGCUCCAUGGUGCAAUACAAGUGACGACUGCAAUAAAGGUGACAACUGCA